GGAGCGCCGUGGAGCCGCCCGCGGUGCGCCCGCGGGAGCCGCGAGGGGCAGCGGCCGCGCGCGGGGCUCGCAGUCUGAGGACGGGUCCCCAGGGCAGCAGAGGCUGGGCAGAGGCAGGUGGAUAGGCUGGCUAUGCUGACGGGACCAUGCUGGCCCGAAAGAGCAUCAUCCCGGAGGAGUAUGUGCUGGCGCGCAUCGCCGCGGAGAACCUGCGCAAGCCGCGCAUCCGCGACCGCCUGCCCAAAGCGCGCUUCAUCGCCAAGAGCGGGGCCUGCAACCUGGCGCACAAGAACAUUCGCGAGCAGGGGCGCUUCCUGCAGGAUAUCUUCACCACCCUGGUGGACCUCAAGUGGCGCCACACGCUGGUCAUCUUCACCAUGUCCUUCCUCUGCAGCUGGCUGCUCUUCGCCAUCAUGUGGUGGCUGGUGGCCUUUGCCCACGGCGACAUCUACGCCUACAUGGAAAAGGGCGGCAUGGAGAAGAGUGCUUUGGAGUCCACAGUGUGUGUCACCAACGUCAGGUCUUUCACCUCUGCUUUCCUGUUCUCCAUUGAAGUUCAAGUGACUAUCGGCUUCGGAGGGAGAAUGAUGACCGAGGAGUGCCCUCUGGCCAUCACAGUGCUGAUUCUGCAGAACAUCGUGGGUCUGAUCAUCAACGCAGUCAUGCUGGGCUGCAUCUUCAUGAAGACAGCUCAGGCGCACCGGAGGGCGGAGACUCUGAUCUUCAGCCGCCAUGCGGUGAUCGCCGUCCGAAAUGGCAAGCUGUGCUUCAUGUUCCGGGUGGGCGACCUGCGCAAGAGCAUGAUCAUCAGCGCCUCGGUGCGCAUCCAGGUGGUCAGGAAGACGACCACCCCCGAGGGGGAGGUGGUGCCCAUCCACCAGCUCGACAUCCCCGUGGACAACCCCAUUGAGAGCAACAACAUUUUCCUCGUGGCCCCGUUGAUCAUCUGCCACGUGAUUGACAAGCGCAGCCCCCUCUAUGACAUCUCCGCCACUGACCUCGCCAACCAAGACCUGGAGGUCAUAGUGAUCCUGGAAGGAGUGGUCGAAACUACGGGCAUUACCACCCAAGCGCGAACCUCCUACAUAGCCGAGGAGAUCCAGUGGGGCCACCGCUUCGUGUCUAUCGUGACCGAGGAGGAAGGAGUGUACUCCGUGGAUUACUCCAAAUUCGGCAACACCAUGAAAGUGGCUGCCCCACGGUGCAGUGCCCGGGAGCUGGAUGAGAAGCCGUCCAUCCUGAUCCAGACCCUCCAGAAGAGCGAACUGUCCCAUCAGAAUUCUCUGCGGAAGCGCAAUUCCAUGCGGAGGAACAACUCCAUGAGGAGGAACAACUCCAUCCGAAGGAACAACUCUUCCCUCAUUGUGCCAAAGGUGCAAUUUAUGACCCCCGAAGGAAAUCAGAACACCUCAGAAUCAUGACGGGGAAGGACCCCAAGACAUCCCACAUUUCUAUAGUUUGUGCCAACCGCUGUCAGGCGGAACGGGAGCCAGAACACAACCAUUUUCCGGCAUUUUAAUACACUGAUGUUCAUAUUCAAGAAGCAGCACCUUCUGUAUUAAUAAGCAAUAACACACAAAUCAGAAAGGCUCAUGGGUUACACUUGUUGCCUAUGCGCACAAGUGGCAAUGAUGUGUGUGACAGAUGUGAGGGAAGUGGGAGGAAGUCAUCUCUCUCAAUCCAAAACACCAGGAUUAAUAUUAAUAGUAGUAGACCUUGAAUCUGGCCAGGGAAUGGAUCAGUUUGAAAUGCUUACUUUGGUGGAACCACAGAUCUCUUUCUAUUUUGUACUCUGGAAGUACAAAUGCAAUAGGAGGAAUAAAGCUAAAACUAUGUUCACACCUUUUAUGUAUUAACCUUCUCCUUCCUCCACGGAAAUACACCUGUUAAGAAUUGCAGUGUCUGUUUCUCAGCAGAUUCGCCUCAUCUAUUUGGUCUUUCACAGUGACUUUUGCAGGUUUCCUGGUCCACUUCGUAACAGCCUCUCGGGGCAGAACUGAGCGAGCAAUCUUUGGAGAAGGGCCAGAUUCUGCCCCAUUGAGGAUUGAGUUCCCCACAGUGACGGUCACUUCUUUCAGCUUCUCACUUAAGAGCCGACCCCCACAAGGAAAUAUUGUACUGCGUAUUUGAUUAAAAAUCUUUCUUUGUA